GUAAAGUCAGGAUAACUCUGUUCUACUUUGUGCUUCUCCUAAAUCUAGCAGCUGAUUUUUAGUUUCUCAAUAUUGCAGGUAUUAUUUUUAUUUAGUCUAAUUUCAAAUUGAAAAAAGGGUAGUAAAGUUAUAUAUAAUUUUUUUGGAAAGAGCUUUGGUGAUGUGAGUUGAGUUAUUACAUACAGUUUAAUCUAUCAAAUGUUUAGCUCAAUAGUAUUUAACAGGCUACAAAAAGUAAUAGAGGCCAGCUAUAAAAAAAAAUUGAUUAAAAUUUAAAAUACAGGCUAUAAAAUAACUAUGUCGAUAAUGAAUAAUACAUUUGUUCCUUAUACUUAUUGCAGGCGUAGGCGUAAGAAAUUGAAUAAUAAUAUAAACUUAUUGAAAUUCUAUCUGUAUGAGCUCAAAAUUUAUGAUUUAUUAUGAAAAUGAGAUAUCCUGGUCUGCAAAAUUUAGGCAUGCAUUUUUUUUUUUACACUUAGACUUAGAUUAGGGUGACCAAAUCAUAAACUGGAAAAAACGGGACAAUUUCAUGGAGUGUUUUUUUUUUUGGGGUGGGAGGGGGAAUACCCUCCAGCUAAAGAGGGGUCCGGGGGCCUCCACCGGAAACUGUUUAUUGAAUUAUGCUAGUUUUAACUAUGAAAUCUAACUUAGAAAUCUACUUGGGGCACUCAGUCUUUUCAUAUGUUUCACUGAUGUGUUGUUUUAUGUCUCAACGUCCACCAUGACCAAUACUACAGAUACUAUUGCAAACUGUGCACUCGGCUUCACUUUCAUAGCAUCCCUUUUUAAUAAAAAGUUCUACUCUUUAAAAUACUCCUCCAUAAACUUACAUUGACGCUUUGGUAUAAUUAUUGUCUAAAUGAGAAGAUAAUAUAAAAUUAAAGAAUGAAGUUCAACACCCAAAACUAACACCUGUCACUGUGACAUGAGCAGGCCGGCAGGGAUCACACAUACAAGACUAACACAUUACACGUAGCGAUAGCUGAAUCAAAUUUGGUUUCUGCAAAGUUACAUCCUCUUCCCUCCCCCCCCCCCCCCCCCCCCCCCCCCCCCCCCCACAGCUAGCCAAAAUAUUACUACUUGAAGUUAUGUUAUAAAUUAUAAGGAAGUUUUAGUGAUUUGAAAAUGCGUUUGGUUUAAAAAAUGGGACAUUUAGGCUCUUAGCAAGAGGCGCCUUUGCUGGUUAGGCCAUGUCAGGAGAAUGGAGGAAGGCCGUAUCCCAAAGAUGCUGCCAUAUGGAGAGUUGGCAGAAGGGACAAUAUUUAUUGGAUGGCCAUGCCUGAGCUUUAUGGAUGUUUGCAAAAGGAGCAUGAGGGAAGCCAACAUUGAAAUCAACAAAUGGGAGAUCAUUGCUGAACAACGUUCAAGCUGGCAAACAGCAGUGUAUGAGGAAGUAAAAAAGGCAGAAAAUGCACGAAACGAAGCCCUUGCAACAAAAAGAACAAUACGGAAGGCCAAUUCUAACCAGGAAUCAAUAUUCCCCUGUGAGAAAUGCAGUCGAGAUCGUCAUUCCAGGAUUGGCCAAGUGAGCCACUCGUCGAAGUGUAGGACUACAUACUACUCGAUCAUCUCACGAAGACAGAAGGAUGCCAUAUUUAAAAUUGACAGAAAAUAUCAAUGGAAGUUGGCAUUGAAAUGGCGAGAGGAGCAUGAAAUGGAAGAAGAAAUUUGAUUAGCUGGUACAAAGACCAGCCAAUCUUAAGGCUUUUAUUAUAGUGCUGAUAGAUCAGCAUUUUGUCCUUAAGGGCUUUGAGCUACUAAUAAUUAACGAUACUGUUGUUGUUCAUCCUUUACACACUACAAACAAAGAUGACCAAGGCAAAUUUUUUACUUGAGUAGUAGAAGUAGUAGUAGCUUUAACUUGAGCUGAGGUUUUUUAUAAAUUGAAGGAGAGUUUCUUGAUUCGUCAGCCUCACUCUCUUAUCCUCUUUUUACUUAGGAACCAUACAUUAAUGAUGUCAUACUAUGUCACUACUGUAUCAUCAGAAAUAAUAACAGAAAAAAUAAAAUAGGCACCUUCAUCACACAUACAUAAUGGUGCCAUAGAUGCCACCAAUAUAAUAUAUUACUAGAUUACUGGUAUGUUAAAAAUUAUCAAAUUCUUGAAAACUUGACCAGUUGAAAUGGUUUGCUGGAAGCCGACUGGUCGACCAGAACUACAAUUUAAAAAAAAAUAUUUUUGGACCCACCCUUGGGGCUGGAAAUCGGUUUUGGUGAAAUAUUUAUGGCUUUUUAGUCCAGCAUGCUCUGAUGGCCCACUAUGCCAGACUAAAAGCUAGAAAUUUAGGGAAUAAGUCGAAAAACUGGUUUCCGGUCAAACGGUUGGCCCUGGUUCAGCCAGUAAAGUUUUUUGGAUUCCAAUGCGCAUGAAACCUCAGGGUGCAAAAUUUAGUCACGACACCCUUUAUGGUUGGGGUGUGGAACAUGCUUAGUUAGGUUUCAAGAACAUAUUCUAUUUGAUAUAGUGCAACAUGACAUGAAUUUUGUGCUUUACAUCUUGAAAAGUAUUUGUAAAUAAUUAAAUAUGCUAAAACAAUAGUGGCCAUUAGGAAGAAAUAAAUGAAAGGACUGCUUUCAAGCUUAAUAAAUGAAUGAAAUAGCGAAACGAGGUAUGUGGAAGCUUGAAAUAAACAAUGGUACCAUUAUGUAUGUGUGAUGAAGGUGCCUAUUUUAUUUUUUCUGUUAUUAUUUCUGAUGAUACAGUAGUGACAUAGUAUGACAUCAUUGAAAUGUGCUCUUUUCAUUGUUAUAUUUUCAUUUCUAUUGUUGGCUGAGGAAGGCUUUAUGCCGAAACGUCCUUGUUUUUUGUCCUGUUAUCUAUUUCAAGCUUCCACAUACCUCGUUUCGCUAUUUAAUUCAUUUGGCCGUUAGGAGGCAUUUUUCAAUUCCCUAAAACGGUACUUAACCUCGAUUUCUUUGUAAAUUGAAUGAAGAACUCAUAGCUUAUUAGUAUAAAUCAGCCAUCUGUGGUCAGCAAUAUUUAUUAUGGUGAACCACUUGCGGGUGCGGGCCGUGGAUUUAUCACCCUUGUACUAGACCAACUAUUCUAAAUCAGUAAUAGUUUCUAGUCUAUCGAAAUCGAAACUGUCUUUUAUAAUAAAGUUCUUAGAAUUUUAAUUAAAUUUUUUUAAUGAAAAAAAGUUAAAAUCCACUAACUUAUACCUAACCAGUACCUAUUUUUGGAAGGCUGUACUAAUGCUCUGCUUAGGUUUUUUUUUCUUGAGCUCCAGUCCAGAAUUUGGCAUGUUUUAUUUAAAAUAAUAAUAAGUUCAUUGAGCUAUGAUUUAUAAUUUAUGCCAUUAUAAUAAUAUAUUUAUUUGAUUUUAUAAACUAAAUUUGAAUUUAGUUAUUUAUUAACCUCAUUUUAGUUUGGGCCUACAUAUGAAAAGCUUUACAGUAAUUCCAUGUCUUAUCUUGUCUGCAAAAAAAAUGAGAUUGUAUUUUUGUCUAAUGAGGUUCAACAUUAUGCAGAGACAUGUGGCCUUAAUCAUCACCGCCAAUGGUAUUGUACUGAAGGAAAACAGAUAUCUUGUAUUUAUGCUUUUUUAAAUAGGUUAACAUCAUUGCAGUAGUACACUUCAUAGAAAAUAACAAGAGGCACAUAGUUUCAAGGAAGAGGCAAGCUUAGGAAUAUGUCAGACGAACGUCUCACUUCAUUUAGAAAUGCUGCAUCAGAGGUAAUCCCUUAAUAAUUUUGAUACUGCUCGCUGCUAGUAUGACUUCAACAUCUUCUCAUUAAUUUAAAUUAAUGCAUAAUGAAAACAAUGCAUCAUUAAAAUUAAGGACACAUUACUAAUAUGAUUUUGUUCUGUUGGUUUAUAUAUUGCAUACCAAGCAGUUGAUAUAUUUUAGCAGCACAGUUUCCUGUCUCAGUUAAUAAUUAAAAAAAAAAAAGUAACUCAGACAAAAGCUCAUUUAUUUUUCAAUGCAGGAUGAUAAGAAGAAAGGAAAUGAAUCCAGCAGUGCUGAAAGUGAUUCAGAAGAUAUCAUAAUCCAAUUAACCCAGUCCUUUCUUGUGAGUAUACAGUCUUUUUUAAAAUUUGCUAGUGAUAAUUUGGUUAAGUAGCUGUAAUAAGGGAUAUUCAUUCAUGUAAUGUUUUCCUGUGAUUUUACAUUUUUAAAUGGUGAAACUUAUAUGACAUCAGGCAGUUACAUUAGUUUCACUCAGCAAAAUGUGAGAUGUUUUGAGUGGAGGUUGUGGGUGGAGCUGUAAAUUUGUUUAUUCUGUUUCAUUUGUCUGCCUCAUGCCUUUGGUGGCCUUGGUUUAAUGUGGAUAGGAAUUCCUGGGGGAUCACACUCACAUCCACAGUAGUAACUCGGGUUGCUAGUUUAAUUUGUCUGCCUCAUGCCUUUGGUGGCCUUGGUUUAAUGUGGAUAGGAAUUCCUGGGUGAUCACACUCACAUCCACAGUAGUAACUCGGGUUGCUAGUUUAAUUUGUCUGCCUCAUGCCUUUGGUGGCCUUGGUUUAAUGUGGAUAGGAAUUCCUGGGUGAUCACACUCACAUCCACAGUAGUAACUCGGGUUGUUAGUUUAAUUUGUUUUGGGAGCGCGCUCGCAGCCUACUUUUAUGAUAAGAAAUAAAGGAAAUUCACAUGAUGCAUUUUGCACAUCCAUAAAUACACAUAAAUAAACUAAUUUUCAAAGGUUUUAUAACAGUAUUAUUAUACAAAUUAUUACCCCUAACAUGAGAUAUGAAUAAAAAUGAAUAAGUCACAAUAAAAAUGAAAAUAAUUAACAAAUUAACUUGCACCUUACCUUUUGAAGAGAGUCACAGCUGGUGUGAGGAAGAUGAAAUAGAAAGGAAAAGGGGGGGGGGGUGGUUACUGUUUGGAAGGAGAAUCUGCCUCCAUGAGAACUUCUGGUAAAAUAUUGGGAGUUCUCUCUUUUGAAUAACAUUCACCAUCACUAUCAGAAUCGCUUAAUUUAUGCUUUCUGGACAUUCGGUCGUCUUUUCGUUCACUCUGACAUUCAAUUUUUACAGGGAACAUAUCUGGAGACACCUGUUUCUGCCUUUUCUUUAAACUGUUAUGAAAAAAUGAAAUUGCAUUGUCGUUAAAUAAAAUAGCUGCUCCUCCCGCCGAAGCCUUAUCUGGGUGAUGUGUUUGUACACAAUUUUGCAGUGUUUCCCACAUAUUUAUAAUCUCCCUAAUUUAACUAGAUUCAAGUGGUUUGUCUUUCUGUGCCUCCUCCUCCGCAGAUGAACUCUCCAUAGCCAAAUUUUUUGCUUGCAUUCCAAUACAUUGCUCGCAAACCAAUACAACAUUUAUUACAAAUGUAUGCUCUUAUCCUAGGUUACUUUUAAUCCGAGGUUCUACUGAAUUUAAAAUAUUGAUUUACGCCAGUGUUUUACAUAAAUUCGAAACCCUGAAAUGUUACAUCAAUUCAGUAUUCUUCAUUGCACUUUUAACUACUGUUUUACUACCUCAGAAAAACCUUAUACUGUAUUUAUUGCAUGGUGCUGUUAUUGAAGGAAUGGAGAAAUAAACUAUUUAUUUGAUUGUCAAAAAAAUGUAGUUAUAAACAACAUUUAAUAAGACAUACGUUAUAUGAGCUUUAUUUUACGAUGUUUACUACACACCUCUUGAAAUGUAAUGUUGAGUGAAAUGUUUUUGUUACAGGAAGUCAGAGAGCUGGCACCACCUCCAUACAUAGGGUAAGCAUUUUCUUGAGAAUUAUUUUCCUGAUUUGUUAAAGCAACAACUUUAAAAUAAUAAGAAAAAUGUAAAUGAAGAUGUUAUUUAUAUGAAAGAACUUCAUUGAAAAACUGUGUAUUUAGUGUGAUGAAAGGAUGAUAUUUUCUGUGCCAGGACUGGGUUGAUCUAUGAUGAGAUUAUGACUCUACAUAAAUGUGAAUGGGAUCCAAAGUUCCCUGAGAAUCCUCUGAGGAUAACAGAGCCAUACAAACGGUGCACAGAGCUUGGCCUCAUAGAAAGAUGUGAAAGGCUUGAGGUUGGAUAAGUACUCACACAUUUUUAGAACUCUUGUUAUGAACAUUAAAGUAUUUCUUCCAUUUUCUAAACAGCACAUUUCUGCUACUGUAAAGCUACGUGAAUGUAUAGCAAAAACAGUUGGUUUGCUGAUUUCAGGCUUUGACAUACUUUUAGACUUUAUGAUUUUACUAAUGCAGAAUCAACAGUAGUGGCUGUGUUAUGGGAUGUUUGAAAAUAAAAAACAUUCACUGGGUUGGUAAAUCAACAUGAUUAUGACAGACCUUGAGACUGCUCCAUUUAAGUUUAAGCAGAUUUGACUCACUCGUUUACUCUGUUAUCACCUUGUAGUGCCAAAGAGCAAAGCCUGAAGAAAUAUUGACAAAACACUCUCGUGAGCACUUAGCAUUGGCUGAGAAGUCAGUGGCCAUGACCCUCGAAGAAAGAAAGGAGCUGUGUCAGAAUUAUGAUGCUUGGUACUGCAAUGAUGUAUGUUGACUUUGUUUCCACCUUUCAACACCAGACCUCUUUACCCUCAAACUCUCAAAAUCGCACAAUAUCAUCACAAAACCGUUCAAUACAUUAUCUUAAUAGUAAAAAAAACCCAUACAGUACAUAUAAUGUAUACACCUCAAAAUCGUACAUUGUAAGCCAAAAUUGAACAGUAAACAGGUCUGCAACACAUUUUUAAUUCAGUUUUAAGGCUUCUUUCAGAUCAAAAUGUUUUAAAUUACUUUUUCAAGGAUACGGUUUGUUUUCAAAUUCAUCUUACUAGAGUAGUUAUUCACAAAGUGCUAAAUAUUUGAUAACAAUAUGUAUAAAAUUAUUUAAAUGUGUUGCCCCCUUUAUGUGAGCCAAAAUAUCUUCAGUAGCUUUGCGAAAUAUUCACCAAAAAAAACCCCAGAACAAAUUUCUUUACAUUCCUAUGUACAGACACUGCAAUACAUAGUUGACCUCUCAUUGUGAUCCCACAGGACACACUAGUAGUGACAACAAUAAGUAAUGUUCUCUUCAACCCACAUUUAUUGUGAAAAUAUUGUUUAUGUUUUUCCUUAUGAUGAUCCAAAUGUAUUGUUUGAACAGUACACAUAUGAUGCUGGCCUAUUGGCUGCAGGCACCACAAUCAAGAUGGUGGAUGACAUCCUCCAUUUCAGGCUCUCUAAUGGUUUUGCUAUGAUCAGGUAGGGGAUCAACUUUGCAUUGUAACUUAUAAUUGUUGGCUCAUUGACUUGACUCUGCUAGGUGGCAUUUAUACCUUAUCAUAGUUAUGUUUUCAUGAAGCUAUUCUUUAAUGUUAAAGUAAAUCCAGUGGGAGAUUAUGUCAAUGAAAUUCCCAUAUCAAUUCCAUUUGACAUCAACAAAUAUUCUGACAUCCAUACAUCCUAUUCAUUCUCUGAAGGUUACUAGUUCCCCAUGUAAGCAUCCUCACUGUCCGCCGACACCCAUCACUGAAUUUUUUUCUCUUUCUAGACCACCAGGUCACCAUGCCAUGGAGAAUGAAUUCAAUGGCUACUGCACAUUCAACAAUGUUGCACUGGCGGCACAGAGUGCUCUCAAUAAAGGAGUUGAAAGGUUAGUUUGGUGCAUUAAACUUUAUGUAAUUGACAAAUAAACAUGCCAUCCAUGAAAGGUUGAACUGUAUUAAACAUUUUGUUCUAUUGCAACACUUCUGUUUAUGUAGCAGGUCAGAUAUUUUUGAAACAUGUAAACAUUAAAUCAAAAGGCAAAACAUAUUUGAAAUUUCUACUUUUAUUUGCACCCAGAAUCCUCAUUGUUGACUGGGACGUCCAUCAUGGUCAAGGUAUUCAGAGGAUGUUCUAUGAUGAUCCAAGGUAAAACAAGUUGAACAAUAGAAUCAAUUCACACAAUGUGUUUUAGUUUUCAAAUUAAUUUUUUUUUUUUUUUACAGGAAUGAAUAAAUUUGAUGCUAUUAAGAGUUGCCUGCAAACUUCAAGAUGUUCUUUAUUUUAUUAAUUAAUCUAUUGAAAAAAUAGUGAGCUAAUUAUUUGUAAGGAUUGCAUUGCCAGGAUACUUAAAAUAAAUCUUGCAAUAUAUUGACAACACAUGAACAAAUAACCACUAUCAUUUGAGUAAAUAAUAAUGGCUUUAUUAGUGUAUCACUAGCAAUUAUUACUGUUAUUAGUGUUAUUGCUCAUACCCUUAGAUUAUAAGGUUUGACCACUGUCAAGCCUUUAGGAAGUAACAUACAAAAAAGUGAAGGGUUUCCACAUUCAGGGCAUACGUAUACAUAGUAAAGUUCUUAAAAAAAACAAACUUUUACCUUCUUACUCUAAAGUAGGGGUGUUAAAAUACUCUAUUACUCUAACUGAGAAUCUCUGGCAAUGUUUGUCGAUGGUACUCUGCAACUCUGUCUAUCAACGAAUACACCCUGGCACACCGAAUAUUGAGACACAAACACUUUAUGAAUGACUAGGGUUCUCAUUUAUUCCGUGUUAAGCAGAUCCACCUGGUUACAGUAUCUCCAUAUACCUAACACAGUCUAUCCAAACAACACAGGAGCUGUCACUCAUGAACAUCUCAUGACCAUCUCCUUAAUCAACUCUCUCUCCUUCACUCUCUUUAUUUCACGCCUUAUUUAUUUGUUUAUACACACACUUGUUUAUUAUUCUAUUUUUGUCUUCCAAUGAUCAUUCUGACACAAUAAUAACACUCAUGACACAACUCAAGGACCCCAACAGCAUUCAUGCCAACAACAGUGAUUCCCAUACCUUUGACAUAGGGUACGCCCUGAGCUGUUUUGGAGCACCCUGCUCAAGUUACUUGGAAAACGAAUUAUUGUUUGCAUCAAUGAAAUGUAUUUCAUAUUAAUUUUUUCAGAGUUCUCUACUUCUCAAUCCACCGUUAUGAACAUGGCAGAUUUUGGCCCGAACUCAGGGAAUCAGAUUACGAUCACAUCGGGAAAGAUAAAGGAAAAGGAUUCAAUAUCAACGUUCCACUAAACCAGGUAACAUCUCGUUUUUUUAUGCAGUUAAUACUGCAACUCAUUCCCUCCUGGUAAUUUAUUUGCCAGUGGGAACAUUGCAUUAAUGAAGAACUGCUAUUGCAAUCACUUGAAAAUAAGUGGUCAUUAUCAAUAAAAUUACUUGUAGGACUUUUCCUUUUAAUUAAUCUCUUGUCCAUACUUAUAAUAUACACUGAUUCUUGAAUGCAACAUUGCUCCAUAAUUGUUAAAAAAAAAAAAUAAAAAAAAUAACAAAACUGUAAAUUUGUACAACUAAGUUUUAGAAAGCAAAAAAAAAAAAAAUUAAUCUUUAUGAUUUUGGUAACUUAUCUUUUAUACAUUUUUGCAUCUAUACCUGGAGAAUAAGCUUUGAAAAGAAAAGGCUGAUUACAUUUUUUUGUUGUUCUCAGACUGGGAUGUCAAACAGUGACUACAUGGCAGUGUUCAACCAACUACUCAUGCCCCUGGCCUAUGAGGUAGGCUCUGAUAAUAAAGCAGCUAACUGUAGCAUCUUAAACAUGACAAAAAAAGGUUGAGAGAGUCUGAAACCUAUGGGUUACCUGUCCACCAUGGGGAACUACAAGAAAAAAAAAAAAAAUAAGACCGAGGAAAUCCAGAGAAGCUUGUCCAUUACAUCACUAAAAGUUAAAUCUGCUGGGGUGUGAUAAAGAGAUAUAUAAGCAUUCUGUUAUUGAUAAUUUUGUUAAAUUGAAAUAUUUUAUUUAUUGAAUUUCAAAUGAAUCAUUUAAAUCAUUUUGUGUAACACCUGUGUUUUUUUUAAUAUUUUUUUUACAACCGAGAGCCAAAAUUAUGGUCCUGAGAGAUAAAUAAGCAUUCUGUUAUUGAUAAUUUUGUUAAAUUAAUAUUUAUUUAUUGCAUUUAAAAUGAAAUCAUUUAAAUCUAAUACCUUUUGUGUAACACCCAUGUCUUUUUAUUGUUUUUUUUACAACUGAAAGCCAAACUUCUGGUCUUGAUGAGACUGACAUGAUCAACAAUUGUAAUAAAGCUUUACUAUGGCAUUAAGUCAGGGAAUCACUAGCAACAGUUAUUAACAAGAGUUAAUAUAUAACUUAUAACAUAUUUUGUUCCAGUUCAAUCCUCAGUUAGUCUUGGUUUCAUCAGGAUAUGAUGCAGCUUUAGGCUGCCCAGAGGUAUUAUCUUAACGAUGCUCAAUCAUAGUUGCUGCUUUUUUUAAAAUUUGGUGUUGUGGAGCUGUCCGCAGGGGCUGUAUGGUUAUUACUGGUGGCAUACUUUAGCAGCUGGUAGCAGCAGCCGUAUGGUUAUUACUGGUGGCAUACUUUAGCAGCUGGUAGCAGCAGCCGUAUGGUUAUUACUGGUGCCAUGUUAUAGCAGCUGUUAACAGUGGCCAUAUGGGUGUUACUGGUGGCAUAUUAAAGCAGCUGGCAGCAGUAACCAUCAGUCCCUGUGAGUUACUGUAAACCAAUUUACUUUAAAAUGUAAUUCUUAUUUAUGUUAGCAUCUCAGCAAAGGGAAUAGAUAAUCUCUUGAAAAAGUGUUUUUUUCCAAAAACAUCAAAAUUUUUACUUCCUCAAAAAGAUGUGAAACAUUAAAAUGGUUUACAGUAUUCAAGCUAAGGAAAAUGCUUUUUAAACAUAAGCAGAUCUAUUUCAUAUAUUUUUUUCACUAUGCCCCACAACUCAUACUCAAUUGACCAUAGUAUAUAGUACACAUUUUUGUACUGCUUUACCUCAGGAAAAAGAAAUCAGGGAAAAAUUAAUUUUAGAAGCAUUUUUCAUCGUUCAUAUUGCUUGCUUAAUGUCCUUUUUCAUUGUUUUCUCCUUUUUUCAAUAUUUGUAGCAUUUACAUAGCCUGUUGUUUUAUUUAUCAAUUAAUCUGCUCACAGUUCAGCCCUCAGUUGGUCCUUAUCUCUAAUGGCCUUGACUCAGCUAUUGGAGAUGAAAAGGUAACCUGGGCACUUUGACAUCUGACAAUCAUGUUCUUGCAGGAAUAACUAUGAGCAUAUUUUAUAUCAGGCCACUAACAUAAACUAUGAAAAGCCAUGCAAUCAUUUACUUCUUAUUUGGUAUGGUAGAGAGUAAUAAAUGAUUAGUAAACACUGUUUUGAGCAGAAAUGAUUAGUAAACACUGUUUUGAGCAGAAAUGAUUAGUAAACACUGUUUUGAGCAGAAAUGAUUAGUAAACACUGUUUUGAGCAGAAAUGAUUAGUAAACACUGUUUUGAGCAGAAAUGAUUAGUAAACACUGUUUUGAGCAGAAAUGAUUAGUAAACACUGUUUUGAGAAAUACAUUUUAUUUAAAAAAAAAAAGAUUACUCUAAAAAAAAGAAAAUACUCUAAAAAAAAAUACUCUAAAAAAAAAAAAAAAGAAAUAUAAUGUAUGAUAUGAUUAUGGGAGUUAUUUUAAAAAUUUACAUACUGGUAAUCAAUUCUCUGUGAACCUGUGAGAUCAAUCGUGCAGUUUAGUGUAAUAUCCUUAUUCUACAUAUAACUCAUAUGAACUGAUUAUUUCCCCUUGUAUAUGGUAUACUUGCUGAAAUAAGUGUAGAUACUUCAGUAUUGGUUGCCCACGAUGGUUGGCUGAGGCUAGUUGUUAAUGGGUUUAAAGAUGCUAUAUAAUUAAGGGCCCUCAUUUUGCCAAGACUGCUAACCAUGACAAAGUGAACUCAUAUAUUUUGUUGUUGUGGUGUACCUUCAUUUGUUUUUUUAACUCUAUUAUGCUGGUCAAUAUUAUAUUUUUAAACCAAUAGACAAUGCAAGCACUUCUAAUUUUAGUGUUAUAUAUAUCUAGAAACCAUAUUUUACUCUGCAUAUUUUUUGCGUGCUCUUAUUUCUACAUGCAUGCUUGCAACUCUAAAUAAUUUUAAAAUUCAAACUCAUAAAAACAUUUUCUCAAAUUCAGUAAAUUUAUUUAUUAUUUAUUUGUGUAUUAUUUAUUUCCUAAACCAAGAACAUAAAAUUAUAUAACAUUUCUAAUUUAAAAAAAAUUUAAAUUAAGUCGCAAAUAUUUAAAUUGUAACUCACUAUCAAUUUAAUUUUUUUUAAAUGUAUUAAGUUGACCUAUUGAUUUGUAAAUCAAGAUCCCAAAAAAUGCCACUAAAUUUUAUCCAGAAUCAUUCAGUGUUUAUUAACAAUGUCAUACCACGCAAGUCAUUCCUGGUAACUUUAAAAUAAUUUAUGCAGCUAGGAUUAAGAAUAAUAUACUUAUCCAGACCCAAAUAUUUUCAACAUUGAAUUCCGUACAUGUGCAGGGCUGUUUAAAUUCUGUGCCAUACAAUAGUCCUCAUAACUUUAAUGAGCCAUAGUCAAAAGUAACAUUGAUAUUAACAUCUGUAUGGAAAACUUUUCAUAAGAAAAUUUCAAAUCAGCAAAUUAGUUUAUAGUUUCUGAAAAAAAUAAUCAGUAUGCAGUUUGGGUGUGUUUUUUUUUUCCUUUAAAGUCUCUUUAUUACUUCAUCCAACAUUGUAGGGAGAAAUGCUAAUCACUGCUCCAAUGUAUGCCCACAUGGUACACCAUCUCAGGGCAUUGGCUAAAGGCAGAGUCUGUGUGGCCUUGGAGGUAAGCAGACUGUUAAGUAUUGGCUCCAGGCGUUUCCUUCUUUCUCUUUUUUAACAAUGCCCCCACCCAAAUUGCUUGCCAUCUCUUCACUUCCGUGGUUGACAUACAUUACUAAGGACAUAACCUCUUCCCCAAGAAAACCUUACUUGACUUACGAGUCCACUCCACUUGCCUAUUUAUUUCACUCAUUGCUGAUGAGGAUCAUGGACCUAUUCAAACCUGGGACAUCUUGGUUAAAAUUUAGAUAACUUUAACACAGGGCUAAAAAAGGAGGUGAACAUAAAGGUUAACAAUUUUUCUGAUUGGAUCCAAGUCUUUAUAAGAAUAAAAAUUGUAUAUUUUUUGUUGUUGAUUUUUUAAAUUUUAUUUUCUCUUUUUGUAUAUUUCAUCCCCAGGGAGGCUACUGCAUUAAAUCUCUGUCAGAGGGCUGUGCACUUACUCUUAGGAGUCUGCUGCAAGACCCAUGUCCAUUGAUGCCUGCCACAGUUGAACCAUCUGACAGGUUAGUGGGUAGACAUCUUUUGACAGGCAGUGAGAAAGAUUCAGGAGGGUCACUUUUUAUGACAGGACAUUUCUUUGCUUCCUACAUCUUUUUUUUUUUUUCUCUGUCCUUCAGAUUAAACAAAUUUUAAAAUUUAGAAUUUGUUGACAUGAUCAUUCUGCUGUUAUUAUUAUCUGUGCCAUGCACCCACAGUGGUAGUUUGAGUUGUAUUCCACUGUCAAAAUGUGCAUUACACCCUAGUGGUAAUUUGAGUUGCAUUCCACUGUCUAAAUGUGCCAUACACGCAAAGUGGGAGUAUGAGUUCCAUACCAAUAUUGGUGGAGGGACUGUAAAUAAGUAUAGAUCUUAAUUUGUAAAACACACUAAUAAAAUAAAAUUAACAAAAUGGCUAUGACCACUGUAAACUAGCCAUGUUUAUGAAAGAUCUACCAUAAUUUUGUGUGUAUUGACAAUCAGAUUCUUUUGUCAUUUGAUUUGUCUGAUUUAUUUGUUCCCAGCAUCAUCACCACCAUUCUGAAUCUUGUCAAAGUUCUAUAUCCACAUUGGAAGUGCUUCAAACAUUACCAGAAGUUGGACAAGUCAGAGCAGUGUAAAUUUAAAGAAGUCAACACUACACCACCAGUGUAGGUCUAAUUUAAAAUAUUUUAAUGAUUUCAUUUUUAGUGAAAAAGAACAAUCAUUAACAUUUUUUUGCCCAGUUUCACACUAAGUACAACGUUUGCCUCAUUUUGCUUACUAAGCUUUGCAGUAUCUUGAUUUCUUUUUUUCCAGCUAUUUUUAAUGAAGUAAAUUUUAAUCCAAGUCUUUGUUUCUUUAUGAUAUUCCAAGAAUUAAUCCUAAAAAAAAUUAAAAAACUAAUUUUCAAAGCAUCAUGAGUAAAUAUGUCAUAUGCCUUAUUAUCCUGAAAUGGUCUGUGCCACCACAAGCGACAGUGUUUUUGCCCCCAAAACUGACCGUCCAUGUGUGUGUUUCAGUGAAGGGGUCACGUUCAUGACCCCAGAAAACAGGCCUGAGAAGUUCAUGUUGACUGGCUACUAUCCUGUUCAAUCCGAGGAGAAGAAACAAAAGCUUCUAAACCAGAUUGAUCAGAUCAUCCGUGAAACAAACUUGUCUGUAGCGAAAACAAAGUAGGAUGGGAAUCUCAGAGUAGUCCUUUGUGUUAUAAGUUUAUUCAAAAGAAAAAAUAAAGUAACCUAAUAAUCUGCUUCAAUUAAAUGAAAAUAUGAACCAAUAUUUAACAAAUUGGUAUUUAAAUUUUUAAAAAAAUUGUUUUUUUUAGCAAAGUUUACAAUAGGUUAAAUGCCAUACAGACAUGUAAAAGGAACAGGUCUGAAUCCUUUAUUAACUCAUUAGAACGAGGGAAGUAAAAUUUUAAUUUAAAUAAAAAAAGAAGUUAAUUUCUCUUAAUAUCGCAUUAAAUAACUUUCUCUUUAUUACCAGAUUUUGCUAUACAUAUGAUGCGCAAAUGAAGGCUCAUAAAAACAUAUUCUCUCCGUGAGUAAAAUAAACCAGGCAUACCAAAAUGGUUGCCUUUACUGUUAUUAUCAUCAUACUAAACAUGUCAGCAGACUGUAUCUAUGCUUUCAAUCUAUAUCCAUGUCAUUGCUCUAUAUCCACAUUCACAGUCUAUAUCCAUGUCAUCAGCCUAUAACCAUUUUGUCAGUAUAUAUCCAUGUCAUCAGUCUAUAUCAUAUCUUCAUUCUAUAUCCAUACCAUUAGAAUGUAUCCAUAUCAUCAGCAUACAUAUCCAUGUCAUGAGUCUAUAUCCAUAUCAUGUCUAUCCAUGUCAUCAUUCAUAUCCAUAUCAUCAGUCCGUAUCCAUGCAAAAAGUCUAUACAGCAAUAGCACCACCUUCUUUUUUAAUGAAAUGCUACUGGCAUACAGUUCCCACCCGGAGAGACCUGACAGGAUAGUGAGCAUCCACAAGAAGCUGACUCAAUGGAACCUUCUAGAAAGGGGCCUGGAGGUGCCCGUAAGUGAUAACUUGACAACAUUGGUUGAUUUAAAAUGAUUUAUCAACUAAAUUGUCGAAAAUAUUUUGUUUUUUCUGAUGUAUUAUUCCUCUUUACAAUGCAAGUUUGUAUUCAUAUUGCUUCAGUACAUUAUACAACACCUCAAAAUUUAAAAGGAAGAACACUUUGUUGGCAUAUGUUAAAUGUCAUUCCAAAAGUAAUCCUUUGUCCCCAUAGAAAAUAUUGUUCUUUAAAACACUACUACAAAUAGCAUUGCAGAAAAAAAAUAAAAUAAAGUCAACACACUUGGCAUUUGAAAAUAUAUUUUUAAUAAAAAAGACCAGCCUAGUUCAUAAUAGCUGAUGUUUUGUCUUUCACUGCAGUCGAGGAUGGCCAGAAAGUCAGAGCUGCUUUGGAUCCACACGUUAGUAAUAGUAAUCUAAAUGUUUAAUCAUACAUUUUUAAUUGAAUAUUUUUUAUAUACACUCAUAACUAAUUGGGGUUUUUUUGUUUAUAGAGUGAGAAAACAAGCAAAAAAUUAUUUUAAAGCUUUGCUUUGUUAUUUAUACUGUUGAGCAUUCCAUGACAAUAUGUUCCUUGUGAUUAGUCUGAGAAUGUCUUAAAAGUAAUGAAAAUGCUCAGUGAAAUAAAUAGUGGAACAAGGUGUGUGGAGGCUUGAUAUAACAAAAACAGGACAAUAAAAAGAGAAUAUCUCAGCUUAGAGCUUUCUUUGGCACACAGGACAAAAGACAAUACAAGAAGAAAUAGAAAACAGGUCUAAAACUUUGUUUGGAAUUCGUCAUAACUGCUAUGUUAUUGCUGGAAGUUGGGUUUUCCAAAACAAAAAAAAAUAUGUUCUAUCCAAAAGAUUACAGGAAUUAAAAGAAUUAAUGUAUCAUUACUGUUGAAAAAUAAGACUUUUUAUUGUCCUGUCUUUUUAUUUCAAGCUUCAACAUACCUUGUUCCACUAUUUCCUUCAAACAGCCUGCACACAGUCCUUCAUUUAUACAGUGAUAAAAAGUUGGCUGCCAAUUUUAAACUUUUUCAGAUAUAGGGAAGUUGGUUAACUCUUUCGAUGCGGAACAACGCACACUGCGUUCUUCCGCCAUUCUCAAAAGCACGGACCAACGCGCUGUGCGUUGUUUCAAUAUCAUGUUUCUUUCUUUGCUAUUUCUCGGUUAAACUUUUUAAGAGCUAUUUUUAAAUAAGACUUUUACAUAGAAGAGUGGCACUUCAUUGUUUACAAUCGAAACCAAGGCUUAUUUAUUGUCAAUUGAAGCAUUAUUUUGACGAUUUUCUUCGCAUUUUUUUUUUUUACUGUUGCUAUGGCUACCCUAGGCUCUAGUAGGUAAGUUUCCUAGACGAUUAACAGUUAAAAAAAGCUUUGAAAUUGUUUUAUAAUAUUUCUUUUGACAGCGAAGAUGAUUUAUAUUUAGAUACAUCGCAUGAUUCCGAUGGUAGUAGUUUUAGAGGAAUUGAGUUAUAGAAUUGAAGAUGAGGUAUGCGUAUAUCAUUGGGUUUGGGGAAAAAUGGUUUAGCAUAAAAUGUUUUCACAUUUUAUGGUUCUUUCGUGUAACUUAUUUUUUUUAAACUGUAGAAACUAGUGUACAAAUAUAUAGUCCUUUCAAUUACCUUUCAUUUGAUACUAAGUUUAGUCUUAUAAACCAAAGAAUAAUAUUUAAAAUAUUUUUUAAUAAACCCAACCUCUCACUCUUUUUCCACUCUUCGAAAUAAAUGUACAUUUUUUCGAUGAAAAAAUUCCGCAGCGAAAGAGUUAAAAAUGGCCUAAAGACAAAGCUUAUGUUAAUUAGAGUAACGUUGCUUAAAAGUAUAAUCUUUUCAACUGUUUUGUAAACAAAGAGGUUGGCAACCUGUUGAGGCUUAUCUCUCAAUCUUGCCAUUGUUUGUAUUUUUAAAGCAUAUUUGACGACUGUUUUCACACAGGGAGGAGUACAUCACAGAACUCAAGCAGUCAGAGAAUAUGGAGGAGGAUAGUUUAAACAGUUUCCCCGAAGAGCAAGGAUACAGCUCCAUCUAUGUGAACCAGGUAAGUGGGGGGGGGGGAGGAAGCAUUCCAUCAAAUGGCAGUAGCGUAGGAUCCAUGUCCACAUUUCAGUUUAUUGAGAAGAGAAAACUUUAUUUGUGGAAAAGUUGUGUUAUUUUUUCAUGCUGAUUUCAGAGUUUGACUCUGUUGCAUUCGGCAAAAUAGUUAGAAUGAUAUUAUAGUGCAGUGAUGAUUUUCCAAAUGCUGAUUAUCAUCGGUUACCCAAAAUACCCUUGCUUUUUUAAAAAUUAUAUUUAAUUUUAUGCUAGGAAAAUUGGCAUAUAACAAACUUUGGAAAAUUAAUUCCAAUCCCUGUUGCACAAAUCCAGGUAAAAAGCUAGGUGCUUAUUGUACCAUCAAUGACCAGACUGGGAUAGUGUGAUCUACAAACUUAUUAAUCAUAGAAUACCGCCGUACAAAGAAAAAGUGACUUCUGGUUCUAUUCUAAGGGCCGGUCAACUAUAAGGAAAAAAUUUCAGUCCCGUUUUUGACAUCAAUCAGCUGACCCCGAUAUCCCAUUGAUGAUUAUGGUUCAUAUUACAUUUUAAAAGCGAAGCACCAUGCAUGUAUAAGGGGAGAAUAUUGUAUUCUAUGCACUAACUUAUUUAACGCAACCUUUCUGUGGAAGUAUUCGGUUAUCUCAAAAAUAGGGCAACAGGAAAACCCCGUUCCCGAUUAAGGGGGAUGAUUGAUUUUCUACUGUGUUCUUCUUUUGGUGACAUUAGAUGAAAGGAAAAAAAAAUUGUGAAAUCCAUAAUCAUCAUCAAUCAGAUCCAGUAGCCAUUUGGGCGUUUGCCCUAUUUAUACAGAACAGCAAUGGCAUGUGUACUGAUUAAAUGAAUUAAAUUUAAGUCACAUAAUUCUUCUUCCAACAGAAAUCUUUCUACUCUGCCCUGCUGGCUGCGGGGAGUGUCCUUAACGUUGUUGAGGCUGUUUUAACCGGACAGGUGAGGACAUAGCUUAUGUGACAACUCUGGUUUAAGGGGCAUAGGAUUGGGCCGACAGUUUGCCAGCAAGGUGCUGUGUUAAAGUUAAGUGCUCAUUUAUUGGACAGGUGUUUUUAAAAAUAUGUUUUGUACUGAUCAGACAGGUGUUACUGGUCUUACUGUUCAUUAGCCUGGUUGUUAAUAAGUUUAGUCUGUAGAAUGGUUCAUGCUUCUUACGCUGUGAGGGGAGACUUUUUUUUGAUUUGUGAAUGCAGCUCCCAUACUCUUUUGAUAACUUGUCCUUUGGCUUUAAAAGAGGAGUGUAAAAUAGGUCUUAUCAUAAAGUUCAGUGUUGUGAAGACAGGUGUUAAUAUUAAAUUUAGAGUUAAGGCAGGUGUUAUUAUAAACUUAGUGUUGUUAAGACAUCUUUUACAGUGUUUAGUGUUGCCAAGACAGCUGUUGUAGUGUCAUAAGACUAUAGUGUUGUUAAGACAGGUUUUAGGUUAAAGGUUGUUAAGACAGCUUUUAUAGUGACUAGUAUUGAUUGGGCUGCUGUUUUUAUUAUGUUUUAAUGUAUAUACUACAAAGUGUGAAUUUCUCUAUUUCUACAGGCCCAAAGUGGCAUUGCUAUUGUCAGGUAAAUUCCCUCACUGACUUAGAUCACAUUUAAUUUUGUUUGCUUUUUAAGCUGAAUAGUAGUUUUUAAAGAAACAUAGUAUACACCUACAAAUAUUUGGGGUAACAGAAAGUGGCAUCAUAGCAGUACUACUGGUAUCUGACAGGGAUCUGGGGGAAGGAAAAACUACAGGGUUGUUUCCCUUUAAAUCAGAGUAGAGGAAUGGCUGGAACAACUACAUUUAAAAUCCAUCAUCAUCAUGUCCCUUAGUCCUUGGAUGUUGGGGCGCCACAGAUGACAUGAAAACUAUCCUUCUCCAUUCCUCUUUGUUUCCUGCACUUCGCACAGCAUCACUUAGUUUUAGUCCUGUCCACUCUUUGAUGUUAUCUUCCCAUUUUAAAAUCCUUAGGGCUGCUAAAAAAUAUGUCAGAAAUCAAAACAGUAGCAGAGAAUUACAUUUAUACAGCCAAAGUAUGAGGCAAAAUAAUAUAAAGGUAGCCAAUAGAUAUUUCAUGAGACAAACAUUCCCAGAUAGAGGCUAUGCUUCAUUCACUUAACAUCCAAAGAGACUUUUUAAAUUUACCUCUUUGUUCUAACAAACGGCAUGAUACAUAGUUUAGGAACUAAUUGAGUAAAAUGGUAAUCUGUCAUCUACAUUCUGCCUUGCAUACACAGACCUCCAGGCCACCAUGCUGAGUGCAACAAGGCCAUGGGAUUCUGUUUCUUCAACAAUGUGGCUGUAGCUGCUAAAUUUGCUCAGAAGAACUUCAAUCUUAAAAGGUUUGUGUAGAAGGACAUGUUGGCUUUUUGUUUGCUAUGUCAGUCCAUGCAUAAUAGUUUAUAGUAAAAUAGCAACUCCUCAUUCAACAAUGUUAUCACAGGGUCCUGCAUUUAAUAAACACUUGACUUUCUAGAAUCUCAUGUUAAACAAAUUUAUCACAGUAUUCUUCAUUAAAAAAAACAUUAUGGAGCCUAAUACCUACAAACACAAACCUAUAGUUAAGGACUAAAAUAUUUUGAGCUGCUCUAAAGAUAAGAAAAUGUAAGAGUUAUAGGUCACAUAUUUGCCAUUUAAAAUUACAAUGGUUGCAAAUGUUUCUUUGUUUUUUAAAAUCCAGAAUUUUAAUAGUUGAUUGGGAUGUCCACCAUGGCAAUGCCACGCAGCAUCAGUUUUACAGAGAUCCCAGGUAAUAAAGCUUAUCUUAUGUACAACAUCUCUUCAGUCAGCCUGAUGAGAUGCAAGCAUGAUGAAAGAUUAUUUGUUAAUAGUUUUAAGUCAAGUCUUUUAAAACAUCAUCUUAGUGUGUCCCCAUGUCCACCACGCUGUUUGAUGAUUUUUUUUGUGCAGUUGCAGAAGGGUGGUGAUGGUGUCACAUAAAAAGCCUUUGAAUUUCAUAAUAAAAAACACCUUGUAUGGGUAUAUUACUUUAUGAACAAGCAGAUGUGACAAUCAGAUUCAAAAUGAAAUGAAUUUCUCAUGUUAAAAAGCCAUCAUUAUGUAUUUUCUUUGUGAAAAAUAAAUAUUGUAAACCUUAAAUCUUUUCUUUUAAACAUACAUAAGUAAUAAAAAUCUUUCAUUGAAAUUCAUUGUUUAUUUUAACUUCCUGCUUGAAAUACUAGAAAAUCUUUAAUUGGCCCCUACAAUACCAUAGAUAUAGUCUGGUAAUGCAUUGAAAACUUUCAAUUUAAAUAUUUGAUUAUUUCUUCAGUGUCCUUUACAUUUCCCUACACCGGUUUGACAAUGGGCACUUUUUCCCUGGCCGACAAGAUGCCGGUAUCAAUUACGUUGGUCAGGGACCAGGUGAAGGUUAUAAUGUCAACAUUCCCUGGUGCGGAGUAAGUCUUAAGUCAAUAUUUAUAUGCAGAGCCUUCUAAGUCUCCUCCUAUUGAACUGUAUUAUUUAUAGGACUUUGGAUGACAUUAUGUUUUUAUUUUUUUUUGUACGUGUCUUUGUAAUAAUGGCUUUUGGCUCAUUGUAACCAGAGCAGCAUUAAAUAAAAAAUACAUUCUAGAAUUUUUCAUUUUAUUUUUAAUUUAUUGAAUGGGAAUAUUAAGAAAAGGGUGAAAAUUGAAAGAAAAAAGGUUAAUUUAAAGUGGCACAUAUGAAUGCACAUGGCAAAUAUCUAAAGUUAACUAAAAUUCAAAGUAAUACAAUCUUCAGCCUGCAUAGCUAAACAUUUAGUUGAAAUAAAAUGUAUGGGUACUAAGAUGAUUGUCUUAUGUCUGUCUCUUGCAUGGCUAAACAUCAACACUCUUGUACGAUUAAUGACACUGUUUGCUCAGACUUUUAUCUCAGAUUCUCUUUCUUAUUUACUUGUCCCCAGUCGAGGAUGGGAGACGCUGAGUACAUACUUGCAUUCACACAGAUCAUCAUGCCAAUAGCAUACCAGGUGAGACACCAUGCCAGUCUUGUGUAACAAUAUGUUGGCAAUCCUGUCAGAAUCUCAUCAGGCUUAGUGGGCUACUCUGCGACAGCGUACGCAUAAUGAAAUAAAAAUCCCUGAUGAUUUAAGGGCAUAAAAUUUUCUUUCUGCUACUAUAGCCAUGUCAUGCUUAGCUGUUCACUAAACUUUUUUUUAAUUAGAUACUCUCGUUUUGGCUAUCAUUGCCCAAUGCUUUUAUCAACAUUUAUGUUUUUAUUUUUCCAACAUUUUUUAUGACAUUGUAAAAGCAUAAAGUAUUUCUUACUUUAAAUUUUUCUUUUCUUAAAUUCUUUGCUUCUGUCCUUAAAGUUUUUCUUUUCUUUUUGUUUUUUUUGUGCCAUCAUAGACAUUUCUAAUUUUUACCCUCAAUUGGUAUUUUUAUUAUGUUAGAAUAUAUAGCUUAACAUUUAUAAAAUUAUUUUUUUAAAAGGAAUUUUCUGAUUUUCUAGAUACACUAAUAUAAUCCUUGUUUAGGUUAUGGCAAACUGACCAGUGCUUGUGUUCCAUUUUUGAAUGUAGUUUCCAUUAUGCUUUUUUCUUACAGUAUGCGCCCGAGCUGGUUAUCAUCAGUGCUGGGUUUGAUUCUGCAACUGGUGAUCCAUUGGUUAGUGUAAACUUUGUUGUUUAGUGGCGUUGAUUUGAAAAGUGAACGUUUUCCUUGCCCUUUAAAUAAUACAAUAUGUUCACCCCCCCCCCCUGGGUUUUAUGUGAGCACAUCAUGCCAUUAUAUUGGCUCACUCAACCAAGUUCGCAUGAUUUAUUAUCACGAUUCCUUAAAAUUUCAAAUUAAAUGUACGAUUUGUAAAUAAUAUAUUUUGUUUUGUUUCCUUUCAAGGGAGGCUACUCUGUAACCCCAGCAGGCUAUGCUCACAUGACACACAUGCUGAUGGGACUUGCCAAUGGGAGGGUUGUUCUGGCAUUGGAGGUGAGGGACAUUACAUUAUUCAUUUAGGUUCUACUUUUUGGAAAAAAAACAUUUAUCUUACUUUUGAAUGUCUUCAGUGUCUCUGAACAAGUGGUAUGUAAAGCUUAGGGUCAUGAUCCUUCUGAGAAGUUAAUCCCCUGUUUUUUUUCAAGUAGUUAAGUGUUAAGUCGACAUCAAUAAUAAAAUAUUCCUUCAUAGGGGCUGCACCACCAGAAUUCUGGGCACCACUGAUCUAGAACAUUUUUUGAAAACAUCAAAUAAUUUAUCUACCUGUUUAUUAUAAUAACAGCCUGUUAAAUAAUUGAGACCAUAAUUACUUUGAAUCCUUAUGAAGGUUUUCCAUAAUACAUGCAUAAACUAGCGAUAGCCCGAACAAUUGUGGUUGCAAUGCAUGUACUUACCAUCUGCUUAAGUUACUAAAAUACUUGACAAAACAUCUAUUCAAGUAAUGAACGUGAUAAGAAUCCCCUCGGCCCCUGAACUAUAUUAAUAUUGUAAUGUCCCACCCCUUUUACAACACAGAUUUAUGGCAUCAAAUAUUUCCAUAAAAUGAAAGAAAAAUAUUAUGAACCAACUGCAUUUGGGGUGCUUGUAAGAUGCUCAUUUAGUGUAGGUAUACCAACUGCAUUUGGGGUGCUUGUAAGAUUCUCAUUUAGUGUAGGCAUACCAACUGCAUUUGGGGUGCUUGUAAGAUUCUCAUUUAGUGUAGGCAUACCAACUGCAUUUGGGGUGCUUGUAAGAUAUACCAACUGCAUUUGGGGUGCUUGUAAGAUUCUCAUUUAGUGUAGGCAUACCAACUGCAUUUGGGGUGCUUGUAAGAUUCUCAUUUAGUGUAGGCAUACCAACUGCAUUUGGGGUGCUUGUAAGAUUCUCAUUUAGUGUAGGCAUACCAACUGCAUUUGGGGUGCUUGUAAGAUGCUCAUUUAGUGUAGGCAUACCAACUGCAUUUGGGGUGCUUGUAAGAUUCUCAUUUAGUGUAGGUAUUGGAAAUUUUAUUUUGAACCUCAGCGUUAGUGAUGGACAUUGUAACAUAGAAAAUUAUGGAUUUUGAAGCUUUAAAUAUUAGGCACUAUUGCUCCACUGUUGCCAAUUGUUUCCCCAGGGUGGUUACAACCUGAGGUCAAUAGCAGAGUCUAUGGCUGCCUGCACAUCAGUGCUGUUAGGUGACCAGUGUCCAGCUCUGCCGAGCUUAAACGCAAAUGCCAGGUAG